AUGGCUAGCCCUACAGUUCUCUCGUUCGAUUCUGAGGGCCGCCCGAUUAAGUUUGAUACCUGGCUCGAUGAUCUGCACCUGUUCCUCCAGCUCACUGCCAGAGAGGAUAUCUCGCUGUACGAUCACGCACUAGGCACAGUCCCUGCUCCUGCUACUACUGCUACCGCUACUGCUCGCUCGCAGUGGCAGACUCGCGAUGCCCACGCCCGCUUUGCCAUUCGCAACUCCCUGCCAGUCGAUGAGCCUGCACUAGGCCGUCUCUCCCUUCCCUACCUGUUCCCCGACCUGUCCGCUUUCCAGACAGUCGCUGACCUCAUCACUCACCUCCGUACUAGUGAUGCCCGCUUCCGUGCAGCCAUGCCCGCUGAGUUUCUUGCCUCCAACCCUCCCCCGCUCUGGCUCACUCUCUACCACCUAGUCACCCGCCUCCCUGACACUCUGCGUACAGUCAGGGACCACUUCCUAGCUCGCUGUCCCACUGAGCUCACCAUUGCCGCCCUAGAGAAGGAACUACUUGCAGCUGAGAAGAGUAUUGUAGCUGUAGGUGCCUCUCGUGGCGACCCCCGCACCCCUUUCUUCGAGGGGUGUUCCCCCUCCCCCCUCCUCCCCUCUGUCGCCUCUACUGCUGCUGUCGACCUUCUUGGUGCUGAGCAGGUCGGCUCUGCGUCCGCUCCCAGCGGGCGCCGCAGCGGCAAGGGCAGGGGAGGCAAGGGCGGUGGGGGUGACGGCGGGGGAGGUGGUGGUGGGGGUGGUGGCAGCGGCGGGGGCGGUGGCGGGGCUGGAGGGGCUAGUGGCAGCGGUGGGGGUGGUGGAGGCAGCGGCGGCGGCGGUGGCCGGGGUGGGGGCGGUGGUGGUGGCGGCAGUGGACGUGGAGGCGGCAGGGGCGGUGGUGGUCGUGGUGGAGGCGGCGGUGGUGGUCGUGGAGGCUCUGGCACUAGCCAGAGUGCGCAGCACCCUCAGUCCUCCCAGGAGCUUCGUGAGUGGUACUUACAGCACGGGGGUGGGGGGGGUAGCCUUAGCUGCACGUACGUCAUCCGCACUGGUCGCCGCAAGGGACAGACGUGCGGGAGGGCGCACACUUCGCAGCGCUGCUUCUCACGCCUAGAUGACGCUUGGCGUGCUCAGUUUCCUGACGCUCCUGAGCUCCCUCAGUGGGCUGAUCUCCUCAAGAAGGAUAUCGAUAUCUAUGCUCUUGAUUUUGAUGUUAUUCUCAAAGCAAUGUAUGCAUUGACUAUUAGUGGAGAGGAGGACCAGUACCUGAGUGUUCCGCCUGACCCAGGCAUCCGCACGAGAGAGGCUGCCGCCCUAGGUGCUUGCGUGUCUGCUGCCCCAGGUACUGGUGAGGCUACUGCUCUAGGUGCGUGUGUGUCCGCCACCCCAGGUGCUACUGAGUCCACUGAGGCACUGCACACCUUCACUCUAGACUCAGGCGCUUCGCGCUGUUUCUUUCGUGACCGCAUUGCUCUUGAGCCCCUUGCUCGACCAGUCGCUGUCUCGCUCGCUGACCCCUCUGGGGGUCCGGUCAUUGCGACCUCCUCCACCCUCCUUCCUUGUCCUGCUGUCCCGUCGGGCACACUGUCAGGUCUCCACCUCCCCUCGUUCUCUACGAACUUGGUGGCGGGUUGUGCGCUUCAGGAUGGGGGUGUUCACCAGUUCACCCCUGCCUACGAGCGUGUGACACACUGCACGUGUGCUCGGACGGGCCGUCACCUGGCUACCUUCACUCGGCAGCCGGGGUCGGACCUGUACACACUGACCACUGAGUCCACUCAGGUAGCGGCGUCUGCGUCUGCGUCUACGUCAGGUCAGCUCUCUGCCCCCUGCUUGUGUCGCUCUCUAGCGCACAAGACUGUCCUCUGGCACCACCGACUUGGUCACCCGUCAGUGCAGCGCCUUCGGGGCAUGCACGCCCGGUACCUUGUCUCUGGUCUUCCUCGGGUACUCCCUCCCUUCCCACCCUCCCUUGCUCCUCCUUGUCUUCCCUGUGUCGAGGGGCGGCAGCGCGCUGCCCCUCACUCCUCCUCGUUCCCCCCGACGACUGCUCCUUUGCAGACGCUCCACAUGGACGUGUGGGGCCCAGCCCGCAUCCGUGGUCAGGGCCAGGAGAGGUACUUCUUGAUCGUCGUUGACGACUACUCGCGCUACACCACGGUCUUCCCCUUGCGCACCAAGGGUGAAGUCCCUGAUGUUCUGAUCCCCUGGAUCAGCAGAGCACGUCUUCAGCUGCGAGAGCGUUUUCGCUCGGAGUUUCCUGUUCUGCGCUUGCACUCUGACAGAGGUGGCGAGUUCUCCUCCGACCUCUUGGCAGCCUACUGUGCCGAGCACGGCAUUCGCCAGUCGAUCACGCUCCCGGCCUCUCCACAGCAGAAUGGGGUUGCUGAGCGCCGCAUUGGCUUGGUCAUGGAGGUCGCUCGUACCUCCUUAGUCCACGCGGCUGCCCCCCACUUUCUGUGGCCGUUUGCGGUCCGGUACGCUGCGCAUCAGCUCAACCUCUGGCCCCGUGUCUCCGCUCCGGAGACCUCGCCCACACUGCUGUGGACGGGGGAGGUUGGCGAUGCGUCACGCUUCCGUGUCUGGGGAUCCCGAGCUUUUGUUCGCGACACGUCUGCGGACAAGCUCUCCUCCCGCACUGCUCCCUGUGUCUUUCUUGGCUUUGUCCCGGAUGCGUCUGGCUGGCAGUUUUACCACCCCGCCUCGCACCGAGUCUUCCCCUCUCAGGACGUCACUUUUGACGAGUCCGUGCCCUUCUACCGCCUCUUCCCCUACCGCACUGCCCCGCUCCCUCCCCGCCUCUCUUCCUCGCGCCAGGUGCUGCAGUGGUAG